AUGCAAGCAUCUUUAUUUUUCUUAAUUUUAAGUUUUUUAACUUAUAUCAUCCUUUCAAUUCAAGGAGCCACCGAUGUAAAUCAAGACCAUGUAGGCGGUUGCCAACAUCCAGUGUAUUGCACUGGGUCAUUGUUAAAAACCAUCCAAUUGAAUCAAGUGUUCAAUGACUCUAAAACUUUUGUCGAUAUGCCAAUGAGAUAUCCAGUAGAUUAUAUCAAUCAACAAUUUGAAGUUUUAAUGUUCAACACAAGUAAAACUGGUGGUCCAAAUAAGGCAGAGCUUUUAGAAUUUUUAAACAAUAAUUUUUACCCAGCCGGUUACGAAGUCGAGCCAGUUACCCCAGUAGAUUGGUUCCCAAAUCCAGCAUUCCUCGAUAAAAUUCAAGAUCCAGAGCUUAAAAGAUUUGCCACUAGUGUACAUGGUAAAUGGUUAGAUUUAACAAGAGUAUUUAAUGUUAGUGGUUUAUGCGAUGAUUGCUAUUCAUCCAUUCCAGUUACCCAUCCAUUUGUUAUUGCUGGUUCAAGAUUCCGUGAAUUUUACUAUUGGGACACUUAUUGGAUUAUUCAAGGUCUUUUGGUUUCAAAUAUGACUGCAACUGCAAAAGGAAUGUUAACUAAUUUUAGAGAUAUUAUUACCGAGUAUGGUUUCAUUCCAAAUGGUGGUCGUAUUUAUUAUUUAAAUAGAAGCCAACCACCAUUAUAUACUCUUAUGGUUAAAUCAUAUGUUGAAGCAACCAGCGACUACCAAUUCCUUCAAGAAACUUUACCAAUUUUAGAUGCUGAAUACCAAUGGUUUAUGAAAUAUCGUACCACCCAAAUUAAUACUUGUGACGGUGGAUCAUACACUUUAAAUUUAUAUAACGUAUCAACCAAUACACCACGUCCAGAAUCAUUCUAUGAAGACUUUACAGGUGCCUCAGUGUUCUCUAGUGAUGACGAGCAAAAAUUCUAUUACAGCUCAAUUACAUCAGGCGCUGAAUCAGGUUGGGAUUUUUGUUCACGUUGGUUCUCGCAAUCAGAUAAUACAAAUUUAACCACUAUUCAAACCAUUGAAGUCGUACCAGUAGAUUUAAAUUCAAUUUUGUACUAUAACGAAAAAACAUUAUCAAUGUUCCACAAUUAUUUUGGUAAUACCACAAUGUCCACUUUCUACCAAAAAGCCGCAUCAGAAAGAGCAACUGCAAUUCAAUCUGUUUUUUGGGAUGAAAAUAAUUUACAAUGGUUCGAUCUCAAUUUAGAAACACAAACAUUAAACGAAAACUUUUAUAUUUCAAAUUUAUUACCAUUGUUUGUAGAUAUUGAAGAAGAGAUCAAUAUGAACGACGAAGAGAUCGAUUCAAUUUUCAAAGAGCUAUCUGAUGUUUUAUUAAACUUCCCAGGAGGUAUUCCAUCAUCUCUUAUCGACACCAAUCAACAAUGGGAUUUACCAAGUGCAUUCCCAAAUCUUCAAUACUUUGUCAUCGAGCUUUUAAUGGACACCAACACAACUGUUUCAACUGCAAUUGGCAGAUCCUUAAUUAAUCGUUGGGUAACCACAAACUAUUGUGGAUGGAAUUCAACUUUAGAAACAGAAGGUGGAAUGAUGUUUGAAAAAUAUAAUGUAUACGAUGUUGGUACCCCAGGUGGUGGUGGUGAAUAUGUUGUUCAAAACGGUUUUGGUUGGACAAACGGUGUAGUCUUGCAUCUUUUGAACAAGUACUCAGACAUUAUAACUUUAAAUUCAUGUUAA